AUGGACAGCUGGACAUCUCUGCAGCAUCCUGCGAGGAGAGACUCCCACAGGGAGGAGAGCACAAGAAGAGACUCAAACACUAAGCAGGGCCUCUCCUUUCAUCCGAUUUUCUCGGGAGGCAAGCAAAUCAACGCAUUCGCUGUUGAUCGAAGCGCGCACUACGUUGCCGUGGGCGGGACGUCGCUGCACCUAUGGGACCUUGACGUGGCCAAAGAGAGGGAGAAGGAGGAGAAGCAAUAUGUGCACGUGCCUAACAGCCGCGCGACUAGCGCUGCCUACUCUGUUCUCCGGUGGAACCCACACCACUCGACCCUGGCAUCUUCGGUAGGUACGGUGGUCUCGGUGUGGAAGCUGGACGACCGCACGGGCAACCUCAAUCCUCACUUGACUAUUAAGGGAGCACACAAGCGAGCGAUCACGGACCUUGCGUGGUCCCCGUUCAAGCAGCACACGCUCGCAUCUCGCUCUGCAGAUGCCGAGAUACCCAUUUGGGAUGUGCGCACGAAGACCCUCAAAGUACACUGCCUACAGGGCCAACCGGGCCCGGGUUUCAUCAAGUGGAACAGGCUCAAUUCUUCGCUCGUCGCAUCCACUCACAACCGCGAAGUUCGGAUAUGGGAUUUGCGGUUAAAUGGUCGACCACAGAUCUGGGAUAUCUACGAGCCGAGAACAGAGAAGGAGAAGAUUCGCACAGGAAUGCCGGUCGCAUGUGCCCAGUUCACCCCGUUCGGUGAAGGCGUGCUCACAGUGGGCCGAGGGGAGCGAUGUAUGCAGCUGUGGAGCCUCUACGACCAUCUCACCCCCAUCUACUCGUUCCAAGGACACUCCGAGACCAUCGAAUCUUUCGAGUGGAGUGUCAAGGAGUCUACGAAAACAAACAGCCAGACCUACGGGCUCGUAUCAUUGGCCAAAGAUUUCACCUUGAACGUGUGGUCCGUGCCCAAGUCGCUCCAGCUUGUGGAGGUUGUUGACGCACUCCUUGGGCCCACGCAUGGCAACAAGAACCUCUGCAAGUUUCCGUCGACGUCGCGCAGCCAAGCCGAGCAAUCGAAGACGCGCUCAGAGGAGCAGGAGGGCCGUCGCGCCGCCAGUGAUGGCGAAGAUGAAGAUGAGGAAACCAAGAAAAAUCUCAAGCGGCGCGCGAGCUACAGCCACGUCGACUCUGCCAGCAGCUCCCUCGGCGAAACUGAGUCAGUGAACCAGUACGGAGGCAAGCUCGAUCUGAAGCACGAGCUGAGCAUGAUUUCCCAAAAGAUGAGUGAUGUUGAGGAUGUGACAAUCGAGUCGGCCAAUCCCAUCAACCGUCGUGCUCUACGACCUGCCGGCGACUGGUCUCCCAUCGAUGUCCCCAUCCACUCGGCAGCCCUCGCCACGAACGCCAAGCAAGAUCGGGAAAGCUCAGCUGCUAGCAUAGAAAGCGGCAUGGCCGAGGACAUGAUCAAGCAGGAAGAGGCCAAGGCGGAACGGAAGGUGCUGAUUCGGAUGCAGAUUGCGUUCCCGAGCUUCUACCCGCACGCUCAGCCCUCGUUCACGUACCUUCCCGGAACGACGAUCGACCAAGAGCGACAGAUUCUGCUGAAGAGGACAUUGGCCCACAUCGCAACGUUCUAUUCGAUGCGCGGCCACCCGUGCCUGCAGAAGCUGGUGAUGAAACUCGUCAAUCUGCAGCGAUCGCUCGAUGCCGAGGUCAAACUCGAACAGCUGCAGAAGCAGAUCGUGAUGGACCAGCAGAAGGAGGUGCACGAGACGGUUAGCGAAGGCCAACAGAGCCCAGAGGGUACGACGGAAGUCCCUCGGCCGCCGGACGUUGCAAUCGCCGCGGAAUCAGCCACCCGGGAGGAAGUGGUUGCCGGGAUUGAAAAGGAGGCGGCAGCUGCCCCAGCCGCGCACAUGGCCGGCAGCACCCAGGCCCGUCGACAGCGUAGCCCCUCGCUAACCAUCUGGAACAAAUUCUGGGCCAUUGUUGGGCCUGACGACCAGGAGACCGAAGCGGACCCCACCAAAACGGACACCGACGGGCCGGCUGCCACCGGUCAAGUCGAACAGAGGCAACAGAGGCCUGACGAAUCGCACCCGUCGCCACUGCCAAAGGCGCACGAAAAUGAGGACAAGGAGAACGUCGAGGAGACGCACAAGCCCAUGUGGAUCCCCGGCAAAACGAAGAACGCGCUGUUUGGCAACGUCCAAACGAGCGAGCCCGGACAUUGGCGAGCGAAAGUGGACGACCAUGCACGUCAGAGCUUGGAGAUGCUGAUCGGCUCGCUCGACGUCGAGAUGAGCCACACCUCCAACCUCCUCAGCCAAAGCGACUUCCAAAAGUUCCGAGACUGGGAACUGCUCUACAGCACCAUGGAACACGGAAUCUCGCUCCACACCCCUACGGUCAUUAUCAUUGAGGACAGCAAGAAAUACGUGUUUGGCGCGUUUGUAACCGGCACGUGGGACGCUCUGGGCAAGUACUCCGGCACUGGCGAGAGCUUCCUGUUCACGUUAUCGCCCUACUUCAAGGUGUUCCCUUGGACAAGAGCAAACUCACUCUUUAUGUGCGGCGCGCCUCACUCGAUGAGUAUCGGCGGAGGGUCGCAUGUGGGGCUGUGGCUCGAUGAGGACUUCGAAUUCGGCAGCUCGUGCCCGUGCGAGACGUACGGCAACGAGUGCCUGGCCUCCGGUCGCGACUUUGAUUGCGUGGUACUCGAAGCCUGGGGCCUCUGA